ACUCCGCCUCCGCCGCCGCAGUGCCGCCGGGGCUGCGGGGCAGGACCGGCCGCCGAGCAUCCUCGGGCCUCCGGAGGCGGCAGGUGUCCCGGGGCGGCCCGGGACCUCGCGGAGCGCCCGCCCCGCAGAGGUUCGAGGGAUCAGCGGAGCGCCGCCUCUUCGCCCCGCACUCUACGGGGCCGGGGGCCGCCGGCGGCCGUCGGUCCCCAGCUCGUCCCCAUCGCCGCCGCGGGAGCGAAGAGAAGAGCCGAGAGCCCGGCCGAGCGGCGGGAGAAGAUUAUGGCAACGUGAGCGGCCGCGCAGCCCCCGGCCCGAGUCCCCGCUCCCCGGCACGGCGCAGAGGCUCCCCCGGCACCGCCGCAGCUCGGAGCGGCCUCCGGCCCCGCAGCUCAAACAUUCUCUACCUUGGAGGUUCUUUCUCUCCCUUUUGUUGAUAAAGAUGAGAAGAAAGUGGAGAUUGGAGGACUUUCAUUUCAUCUUUUUUGGCGUGCUCUGUCUCCUGUUCAUAGAUGGAGGUAAACUAGAACAAGUAAAACAUUCAGAUACAUACUGUGUGUUUCAAGACAAGAAGUACCGUGUAGGAGAAAGAUGGCAUCCUUACCUAGAACCCUACGGACUUGUUUACUGUGUUAACUGUCUCUGCUCAGAGAAUGGAAAUGUACUGUGCAGCAGAAUAAGGUGCCCAAGCCUACACUGUCCUUCCCCUGUGCACGUACCACAGCUGUGCUGCCCACGAUGCCCAGAAGAUUCCCUGUUCUCAGUAAGCAGCAAAAUCACUGGGAAAUCCUGUGAAUACAAUGGCACCACUUACCAUCACGGCGAAAUGUUUGUGGCGGAGGGGCUUUUCCAAAACAGGCAAGCAAACCAGUGCGCCCAGUGCAGCUGCUCAGAAGGAAAUGUGUACUGUGGGCUGAAGACCUGUCCCAAAUUAACUUGCCCUUUCCCAGUUUCUGUUCCGGAGUCCUGCUGUCCAGUUUGCAGAGGAGAUGGAGAGUUAUCCUGGGAGCAGGCCGAUGGAGAUAUCUUCCGGCAGCCAGCCAACAGGGAAGCUAGACACUCUUACCACCGCUCCCACUAUGAGCUGUCACCCAGCUCCACCAGGCAGGCAGUCAAUGUUCCACGAUUUCCCAGUGCCAGGAGUAACCGCGGAGUCCUACCAGAUCCCCAGCAAGCAUCAGGAACGAUAGUACAAAUUGUUAUCAACAACAAGCACAAGCAUGGACGAGUUUGUGUUUCAAAUGGCAAAACAUACUCCCACGGUGAAUCUUGGCAUCCUAAUCUCCGGGCCUUUGGAAUUGUAGAGUGUGUGUUGUGUACCUGCAACAUCACCAAACAAGAAUGUAAGAAAAUUCAUUGUCCAGAACAAUAUCCCUGCAAAUACCCUCAGAAAGUAGAAGGAAAAUGCUGUAAAGUCUGUCCAGAAGAAGUGCCAAGUCAAAGCUUUGACAACAAAGAUUACUUCUGUGGGAAAGAGACCUUUCCCAUCUACGAAUCCGUUUUCACAGAGGAAGGAGAAACCAUCAGAAAAAUUGCAAUAGAGACUGAAAAACCACCCCAGAUAGAAAUACACGUGUGGACAAUCAGAAAAGGGAUUCUGCGUCACUUCUACGUUGAGAAAAUGUCCAAGAGGGAAUUUGAAGAGCUUCCCUACUUCAAACAGAUCACAAGGACAACCUCCAGCCAGUGGAAAAUAUUUAGCGAGGGAGAAGCUCAGAUCAGCCAAAUGUGUGAAAGCAGAGUGUGCAGGACUGAGCUCGAGGAUUUGGUAAAGGUUUUGUACCUUGAGAAGUCUGAAAAGGGUCACUGUUAAGGGAGACAGCACUGGAAGGAGAAACACAAGAAAACUUAUGAAAACUUGGAUCUGCAGCUGGACUGCAGGCUUAUUUUGCUUAAGUCAACAGUUGCCCUAAAAACCAAAACUAUAAUGCAGUAAUUAUUCACAUCAUGCACAGCAAAUUUGCUGCUUUAUGUGUAGUGGUCUGUGUCAAUCGUUCAAAUAUCUCCUCCAAAAGACUAGGAGGCUCUGUGUUCCUGGUGGGGGAAAUAGAAAGAGAGACUGUACUUUCCCAGAGUUGCAUUUCUUUACAAGUUAAAAAGAGAAAACAGAACGUUUUUAUUAUUUGGCAAGUUAUUCAAACUAAUGAAAAGAAGGACACCUAAUAAAUGUGCAGGAGCCAUGGAGAGCAUUAUUUCUUGUGCUGAGCUCAUAAUGGAGUUGAAAUGGCUUGUGGAUUUUUUUAAGUAGUGGAAGAAAAAUACAAGUGCUACAAUACUUGUGUUGGAGACAUAAAAACCAGAUUUAAACUAAUGAACUCCUAAGCAGCCUGCCUUUGGGAUGAUGUCUUGUAGCUGAGCAAACCGAGUCCAUAAACUGAACAGCAGGUGUUAGUGGCAGUCACUAUAUUUUUGUAGCAACUUGAGCAAAUGUUCACUUUUAAGUGGUUUUCAGUGUUUCCACCACCCACUUCUCUAAAAAAUGUACAUAUUAUCUCUCAAUGACAGCCCUAAUAACUUCAUUCUUGUGGGCCCGAUUAACACAUGGUCUUGGCUGGUAGACUACCUUCUAAAGCAAUGCUGAAGAAGGUGGUGAAGUACUCGCAGCACUUUCAGAACUCCUAGGGGGUUGCACCUCCCAAUUAAUAACUCCUUCACUACAACAGAGCUUAAUUUAUUUGUUCUGGUUUGUUACAAAGCUAAUCUCUAGCUUCAAGGACAGAUUUCUCCCAUGACAAAUACCAAACAGCUACAGCAAGCCUCUAGAACACAGUAGCCCUAUGAAAACUCUUAUCUUUGUGAAAAAGAAUUUUGAGAUAUUCUGUUAAAUUUAGUGUAGCAUGUCUACAGUGUUUAAGAAAGGUGGCUCUCAUCUGCCAAAAAAAGAAGCAGAAGGUCAUUGUUUUGAAAAAAUAUUUUCUCUGAAGAGUCACCAGAAUGCUGCACUGCCCCAGGGCUGCAGUGUUGGGUGAAUUCCCAAGAAGCAAAUGACUCUGCCUGCUUUGCCUCCAUUUUCUGCUCCACAAGUGGGAAGGAACACUGCUGUUCAAACACACACUAGGAAACAAAGCUUUAUGGAAACAGUCUGAGCCAGGGGCUGGGUCUUCAUAGGGAGUGAAGUCACAGUGACUGUGAGGAUUUUGAGGUUUGUCAUUCUGCCAGCAACAGCACUGCAGGGGUGUACCCAUUUCUAAAGAGAUGGAGUUGCAGGAGAGCUCAGCACUGAAUGCCAAAAGCAGGUUUCAAGCAAAGCUUCACCACCCCAAGGGGACCAGGGCAGCUUCCCCACCCCAAGGGGACCAGGGCAGCUUCCCCACAGCUCCCCUCAGCCAGGCUGCCUCGUGCUGCCCGGGCCCUGCUCUGCUGCGGGCAGCACAGUGCAGGGCUUCCCAGCAACGAGGAGCAAGUGAGAAGGACAGGCUGGAAGUGAUGGAAAAGCUGGAGGGAAUUAGGAGAAUAACUCAUCGAGCAUUCCAGGACAUUGUAACUCUUAAGAGUCCUGCAUAUAAUCACCACAUCGUCCCUAGGCCAGGACAAAGUGUAGCUAACAUAUAGGAACACUUCCCUCCCUGCCAAAUGCUCAACACAGCCCACCAUGUCAGGAAAACAUGCUAAAAAGGGAGCGUGCAGGUGGAUUUGCAAUAAUAAAACACCCUAGUCUGAAGUCAGUAAGAACCAAACCUUGUCAGGAUGCACUGAGGACAGCUGCUCCGGAGUGGGUCCUACACAGCCGCAGUCCUGUCAGCAGAACUGCCCAGUGAGGCCGCAGGGAGCCUGGGCCUGGGUCCCCUCCUGCCCCGACCUGCUGCAGGGCCGCUCCUCACGCUUCUCCCCUCACUGUUGGCCCCGCUUCACCCUUUCUGAAAUCCCCAUUCCCCGAGGCAUCGCUGCUGGGCCCAGCCGUGCCCUCGCGGCCCUGUGACAGCCCAGGGCAGCCCCAGCCAAUCCUCACAGAGCCCCGCGGGGCUCAGACACCACCACGGGUAACACGCUAUGUGCACAGAGUCUGAACGGGCACCUGGCCAUAAGAAAGACAAAGAGAUUUGUCGCAUUGAGUUUCCAUGGUGUCAUAGCACCCAUAAGUGCUGUGCAGGUGUUUGGAAGAGGAGCAGGGCAUCCUAACCGAGGUCCUGAGGCCUCACUGCACCAGAGGUCACUGCAACAUAAUUAACUGCAGAAGCACCAGCAGCUUGGUCUUAGCAAAACCCACAGCAUGUGGCAUCUAUUGGGUUAAAAUGUGCUGUAGAAGUGCUAGAUCUCACUAUAAAACUUCUGAUAAGCCAUGAAUUAUCCUGAUCUUUCCUUUGGUGAAGAUGCCGUGAGGAAGACAUCCUGAGGAACUGUAGCAAUCUGGUGGGAAGAGGAGCAGUUGCCUUCUCACCUCAUGGGCAUAGUCUGUAGCAGUAGCUGGUGAACAAAGACUGAGUGGAAAGUGUAAGUGUUUGUUUAAGAAGGCAGCAAUCAGCUUUUUGUAUUUGUGACAGGACUAGUGGAGUCCAGAUUGUGUAUUUAUUUUAUAAUAAACACUUUCUAAGAAAAGCAAAAAAAAUCAUAAGCAUCAUUUAGUAAAAUGCAGUGUUGCAUUUUUACAGAUUUUCGUCACUUCAGGCAAUAAAAUACACAGCGUCAUCAUGCUUUCAAUUCUCUUCAUGGGAUGUAUGUCUGUUGCGGUACUUAUUUAUGUACUUGUAUCACUUCAACCUGGUUUUAUAAGUUAAUAAACUCUAAAGUUGUUAAUAAAGCAA